UUCUCUCUUUCCUGCUGGUAUGGCGGUCGCCGCUAAAACCCCAUCUAAACCCCUACCAACUGCCUGCUUCUUCACUCUCCCCUUCAAAUUUCAGCGACCCACAAUCCUUAAUCUCUACGCCUACCGAAUCAAUCCCCUCAUCGUUCUCAAAAACGCCAAAGAGCUCCACUCUCUCACUCCAAACACGACCUCAAGCCCUACAUCCGAUCUCAACCCUGAAAUCAGCCGUCUUUGCCUCAACGGGGAUCUCGUGCAGGCUCUGCAACUCCUGAAAUCAUCUGAAGAAGACGCAUUGGAAGAGGAAACCUACAUCGCACUCCUACGGCUGUGCGAAUGGCGGAGAGCAGCUCCAGAAGGCUCCCAAGUUUACUCCCAUAUCUCAUCUUCAAAUACUCGAUUGAGCCUUCGGCUUGGAAAUGCGCUGUUGAGCUUGUUCGUUAGGGUUCAUGAGCUUCUUGUUGCCUGGGCUGUCUUCGGGAAAAUGAUUGAAAGAGAUGUUUUUUCUUGGAAUAUAAUGGUGGGCGGGUAUGCGAAGGCGGGUUUCUUUGACGAAGCUUUGAAUUUGUAUUAUAGAAUGUUAUGGGCUGGUGUCAAACCUGAUUUAUAUACCUUUCCCUGUGUCCUGAGGACCUGCGGCGGUGUUCCAGAUUUGGUUAGAGGGAGGGAGAUUCAUGCUCAUGUGAUUAGGUUUGGCUUUUGUUCAGAAGUUGAUGUCCUAAAUGCUUUAAUAACCAUGUAUGCCAAGUGCGGUUAUUUUUACCAUGCUCGGAGAGUGUUUGAUGAUAUGCCUCUUAGGGAUUGCAUCUCUUGGAACGCUAUGAUAUCUGGGUAUGUUGAGAAUGGUGAACAUUUGGAAGGUUUACGUCUGUUUUUGAUGAUGAGAGAUCAGUCUGUGGAGCCAGAUCUGAUGACAAUGACCAGCGUGAUUUCUGGUUAUGGCUUCCUCUUCGAUGAGAAAGCGGGGAGGGAGAUGCAUGGAUUUGCCAUAAAGAAGGGUUUUGGCCUCCACACCUCGCUCCACAAUUCAUUGAUUGAGAUGUAUUCUAAUUUCGGAAGAUUGAUGGAAGCCGAGAAGCUGUUCUCGAGGAUGGCUUCUAAAGACGUAGUUUCUUGGACUGCCAUGAUUUCUGGUUUUGAGAAAAACAGAUCACCAGAAAUGGCUUUAUAUGUGUUUGAACAGAUGAAGGCAGAGAAUGCAGCCCCCGAUGAGAUCACCAUUGCGAGUGUGCUUUCUUCCUGCUCUUCCUCGGGACGUGUUGAUGUUGGCAUCGAGCUGCAAGAGCUGGCACAAAAAAACGGUCUAAUGCCAUACACCAUUGUUGGAAAUACUCUACUUGAUAUGUAUUCCAAGUCUAGCUGCAUUGAUAAAGCUGUUGAAAUAUUCAAAUUAAUGCCAGAGAAGGAUGUGAUUUCUUGGAGUUCUAUCAUAUCAGGGUUCAGAAUUAACCAUAUGAACCAUGAAGCUCUGGCAUUCUUUCGCCAAAUGCAAGUUAACAUAAAGCCCAACUCCAUUACACUUACUGUUGCUCUCUCUGCUUGUGCUGCCAUUGGAGCUCUGAUGUGUGGGAAGGAGAUCCACGCUUAUGCUCUUAGAAGUGGAUUGGAUUUUCAGGGCUUUUUGCCAAAUGCCAUUUUAGACCUUUAUGUCAAGUGUGGAAAGACUGAAUAUGCUCUGACACAAUUUAAAUUACAUGAAACAAAAGACGUUGGCUCGUGGAAUAUAAUGUUGAGUGGGUAUUUGGGGAGAGGGCAUGGAGAUCUUGCAAUUUCACUAUUUUGCAAGAUGGAAGAGGAAGGAGUCCAGCCUGAUGAAGUCACAUUUGUCUCUCUUUUGUGUGCUUGUAGUAGAUCCGGCUUGGUGAGCCACGGUUUGUACUAUUUUGGCUGCAUGAGAGCCAAAUAUGGCGUUACUCCAAAUCUUUGCCAUUAUAGUUGCAUUGUGGAUCUACUUGGACGUGCCGGGCAUUUGGAAGAAGCUCACAAAUUUAUACAAGACAUGCCUAUCAAGCCAGAUGUAGCUAUUUGGGGAGCCCUGUUGAAUGCAUGCCGCAUCCAUCGGAAUUUUGAGCUCGGUGAACUUUCAGCUAAGUUUAUAUUCGAACAAGAUUGUACGAGUCUUGGAUAUUACAUGCUGUUGUGUAACUUUUAUUUGGAUGUCGGAAUGUGGGAUAAGGUGGCGAAAGUCAGGAAGGUGAUGCGAGAGAGGGGGUUGAUGGUGAAUCCUGGAUGUAGUUGGGUGGAAGCAAAGGGAACGGUUCAUGCUUUUUUAAGCGGCGAUGAGUCACAUCCACAGAUGAAGGAGAUUAAUGCAGUUUUAACUGGAUUUUACAGUAGGAUUGAGGUAGAUAGCCCUGACGUGCUGAAGGCUGGAUUCAGAGAUGAUAUCGAAGCUUCAAAAGCUGAUAUCUUUUGUGGGCACAGUGAGAGAUUGGCCGUCGCUUUUGGUCUCAUUACGAGCACACCUGGUACGCCCAUUCAGGUCACGAAAAAUCUGUAUAUGUGUAGAAGCUGUCAUUUUAUUGUUAAGUGGAUAUCAAAGUUUGUUCGUAGGGAUAUUACUGUAAGGGAUACUGAGGGGUUUCAUCUGUUCAAGGAUGGGAGGUGCUCUUGUGGAGAUGAGGGAUAUUGGGGAAGAAAUAGUGGCUAAGGGAAUCCAUUAAAAUUUUCUGAUCCGCAGGUAUAAUCAUGUUACACAGUUUUGUAAAUGGUGUGAGUAGAAGAGGAUAGGCAGAAGGUGCAGAACACCAUUGAUUGUGUUUAGAGGGUGCUGCAUUUUGAAGAAAUGAAAGAUAUACAACAAUUGAAAUGAUGAAUAUUACUGCUCAUACGCUGCUGAAGGUAGAUAUUACUAACUUAAGGUUUUUAUUAGCUUAAUCAUUAGG